UCACUUAUCAAGUGUCAUUCGACAAUAACAAAUCGAAAAUCCACAUGGAUAGAGGUUGUGAAAUAAUAGUUUCAGUUUAUAUAUUGCAAAUACUCCGUAUAGAUUAGUCGAAUAGUUAUUAGAAGUUACUUUUGAUACGUAUCAUAAUGUCGGACGGUCAGUUUAGUGAUUACGAAGAAGAUAUAACUGUGAAGGUUAAGACGGUCCGAUUUUCAGAUGUUCCUCAAAUAAAAACCCUUAGUACUAGUGAAGAUGACGAUGAAUUCGACUCUGAUGAAUAUUUCCACGACUCCGACGAUCCAGGCCAGAAUAAAAAGAAAGCCAACAUCAACACCCAAGCGCCAUCUAAUAAAGUUAGCGCGUACCAGCCGAGCGAGAAACUCUUCAAGAAAUACGUUCACAAGAUAAAUGUUGACAAAUAUGAACCCAUGUCAAGAAAAACUGAGAAAUUUAUGGAUAUUAAUGACAGGAAGGCUGAUAAUGAAAGAAUUAGAAUCAAGGACAAACAUGACAGAGCUACUGCGGAACAGGUCAUGGACCCUCGUACUAAGAUGAUACUCUUUAAAUUACUAAACCGAGGAAUAAUCAAUGAAAUCAAUGGCUGCAUUUCCACUGGCAAAGAAGCCAACGUCUAUCAUGCUACGUCUAAAGAUGGCAAAGAUUAUGCUGUGAAAAUCUUCAAAACAUCUAUUCUGGUCUUCAAAGACAGAGACAAAUAUGUGUCUGGAGAGUACAGGUUCAGGAAUGGCUACUGCAGGUCUAAUCCUCGUAAGAUGGUGCGAACUUGGGCUGAGAAAGAGAUGAGGAAUCUUGUGAGAAUGCACAAUGCUCAGCUCAGUGUUCCUGAACCAGUUAUACUACGUAGUCACGUCUUAGUAAUGUCCUUCAUGGGUGAAGAUGGUUGGCCAUCUCCUAAACUCAAAGAUGUAGAAAUAUCCCAAUCAACAGCUCGCUCAUUAUACCGUGAUUGUAUUAUGAUGAUGUGGAAAAUGUUCAACAUAUGCAAGCUUGUGCAUGCGGACUUGUCCGAAUUCAACUUAUUGUACCAUCAAGGAAAUAUAGUGAUUAUAGAUGUUUCACAGUCUGUAGAACAUGAUCAUCCACAUGCAUUCGAGUUUCUGCGUAAAGAUUGUACAAACAUUUCUGACUUCUUUAGGAAAAGAGGUGUUGCUACUUUGACUGUUAAGGAAUUAUUUGACUUUAUCACUGAUUCUACGAUUAAUGAGGCCAAUUUGGAGGAAUGCCUUGAGAAACUGUCUGAGAAGGCUGCGUCGAGGAACUUUGAGGAGAUGACGGCUCAGGAACAAGUUGAAGAAGAGGCUUUUAAGAGUAUCUACAUUCCAAAGAGACUUACUGAGGUCAUAAACUAUGAAAGAGACAUCACAAAAGCUAAAAAGGGUGACACAGAGGACUUAGCUUACAAGAAAAUUGCUGGCUUCAAAGAAGACUUGACAGCUGCAGAAAAACCUGAUAUUCUUCAAGAAGAAGACAUCUCAGCAAGUGGCUCGGAAAGUGAUUCAGAAGGUGAAGAUGAUGAUGAUGAAGACAAAACCAAGUUCAAAAACAGUGCUCGGCCGAGAGAUGAGUCUCCCAACAGCAAGAAAGCAAGGAAAAAGGCUAUCAAGGAAGAAAAAGCCGAGAAAAGAAAAACUAAAACGAAGAAACACGUUAAGAAGCGACGCGACAAGGGCUCAGGAAAGAGAUAAAUAUAAUUAUUAUAAUAAGUCCAAAUAUAUUCUUUAAAAGUAGUUUUUUUUAAAGCAACACAGUAUAAAACUCCUUUGUUAUAAUAUGUUAACACUGUACCUAAUGCUAAUUUUUUUUU